AUGGAUUAUGUAAAAUAUCCAGGUCUAGCCGAGGUAGAAUAUAUACACGCCCAUCUAGAAUCAGGGGACUGUCUGUAUAUACCCUAUAAAUGGAUUCAUCAAGUGAGAUCGUAUAAUUCUAAUCUAGCUGUGAAUAUCUGGUGGAGUCAUUAUGAUUCGUUAAAAACUAAUUUAUCUACGUGUAAUAAAGAGUGUGAUAAAGAACUGACGCUGGGUAAAGUUAAAACGACAGGUUUCAACGCACUCUUAGAGUCUGUAGAAAAUAUCAAAGAUCAUUUUGUUUCCUCAUUAGAGACAGCUAAAGGUCAAACUUUAUCAAAAUCAGAUUUUCUCAAUUCUCUCUUCCCGGUAAGAACCAUAGUUCAAUCUAUUAGUUCAAGGUGCCAAGACAAUCCAAGUGAACGAGAAAAGAAUAAUGCCCAGUGCCGCAACCAACUCAUUCCCCCAGACUAA